ACGGAGGGAUGUGUCAGGCAUUUGCAGGUGGACGUCGGGACGCCCUCCGUCGUUUCGGUCUCGCUUCGUGACCUCCUCUGCACCUCUUUCCGUGUAUCAUCGUCUUUCUCCGCCUCCACCCUUCCUCCCUCCUUUCGCACGUCGAAAACAGGGGUGCCAGUCAGCCACGAGUUUAGCCUCGCCUAUCCGCAGGGUUGGUCAUCGCUUACCUACCACCAAGCUCAUCUUCGACCUUAUACACCCACCACAUCCCUACCUGGAACACCUGAGCAUCGUGAGGGCUCGAUUUCUGCCUCACUUUAAUACACAUUCUCCGAGGAACAUGAUUUUCAUACAAGAAACAUAAUUGACGCACCCUGGGGCGUGAAAUGAGAGGGAAUUUGGAGAGCAGUUAGCCUAUCUUUUAAUGUAAACCAGCUUCAUCUUCGAUGUAACGACUGGGAUCAACGGAUUGUUGGUUCGAUUAUUUCGAAGGACUUCCCAGAAUGUGGAGGUGGUUGCGUACAGAUACCAUUGUGGAUAGACUGAGCAUGAUCCGAAGAAAGGGUAGAGGCGAAAGACAAUUCGACAACGUGGAUUACACACAACUCACCGAAACCGACAACGGUUUCGUAGACGCACAGUUCUUGCAUCCACCGGUGAAGAUACCAUGGAAGGCUAUUGCCCUGGCAGCAGUUCUGUUCGUCGGAGGAACUGUGAUGCUCAUCGUAGGCAGCCUGAUAAUCAGCGGGCAUAUCGAUUCUAAGUAUGCAGAUCGUAUGUGGCCAGUGAUUAUUCUGGGUAUUCUAAUGUUUAUUCCUGGAGCUUACCAUGUCAGAGUGGCAAUUCUUGCAUACCGAAAAGUGCCGGGCUAUUCCUUCGAUGAUAUACCCGAAUUCGAGUAGAAUACUUUUGUACCUAAUGUAAUAUACCAAACGUGCUUUCUUGUUGUUCUAUUUAAAUAGUGCUAUAAUGUUAUUUUCAAAUGAAUAUUGACUAAUACGUUGAACAGAUUUAAGUAGAUAUUACAACAAUUUUGUUUGAUAAUUAAUUCUCGUGUACAUUUGAAAAUGUAUGAUAAAACGACUGAUCUAUCGUGCCCAACUUUAAGUGCAACCAAGGUAGUACCUGGAGCAUCAGUUGAAUCCCAAUUGUUUCUUGUCAGUUACUACACUAGUAAUUCAAGAAAGAAUUAAAUAGUUUACUGAAAAAAGUAAAUCAGUUAACGAUCGUAACAUAAGUACAUUGAGGCAUCGGGACCGAAUUUGGUGCAUUUAUAGAAUACAUGUUGAUAUCUUUAUUGAAAAUAUAAUUUUAUUCUCAUUAAAAUAAUUAUUGUCCAUAGAUAAAGUAACAUGUUGUCGUUGUAUUUAUAUAAAAACUAAUAAAAUGUGAAAUCAUACAAUAUGA